AUGGCCAAAGCUUAUAUUCUGGGCAGCCUAGGACCAAGACCGUCACACUACUGUCAGCCACGAAAGCCAGUGGCUCCCAUAGGGGUGGCCGCAGUUGUAACAUUUGUUGCAAUGGCGUUAGUGCUUCGAGUGGUGAUGCAGUUUGUUGGACUUUUAUUAUCUUUGCUGGGAUGGGUUCUGUCCGUUAUUACAACUUAUCUGCCACAUUGGAAGCACCUCAACCUGGACUUGAACGAAAUGGAGAACUGGACCAUGGGACUCUGGCAAGCCUGCGUCGUCCAAGAGGAAGUGGGGACGCAGUGCAAGGACUUUGAGUCCUUCCUGGCUCUGCCGGCCGAACUCAGGAUCUCCAGGAUUUUAAUGUUCCUGUCCAACGGCCUGGGGCUCCUGGGCCUGCUGGUCUCCGGCUUUGGCCUGGACUGCCUGAGGAUCGGAGAGACGCGGCCAGGCCUCAAGAAGGGACUGCGGGUCCUGGGAGGGGCUCUGCUCUGGGCGGCAGGCGUCGCGGCCCUGGCCCCGGUGUCUUGGGUGGCCCACAUGACCGUCCAGGAGUUCUGGGACGACACCGUGCCGGAGAUCGUGCCCCGCUGGGAGUUUGGGGAAGCCCUCUUUCUGGGCUGGUCCGCCGGGCUUUCCCUCCUCCUGGGAGGGUGCCUGCUCAACUGUGCGGCCUGCGCUCCCCAGGCGGCUCCGGCUUCGGGCACCUAUGCGGUGGUGGAGACGCAGACUCAGUGUCUGUGCCUGGAAAAUGGAACGGCAGACCCCAGAGUGUAA